AUGGCAAAGGGUGUCUUGACUCAGGAUUUGGGGCCCUGGAAAAGACCUGUGGCGUAUUUUUCAAAGAAACUGGACAGUGUCGCCUCGGGGUGGCCCCCUUGCCUCCGCAUGAUUGCGGCUGUGGCCGUCUUGGUGAAAGACUCAGACAAAUUGACUUUGGGGCAACCACUCACCAUAGUGGCACCCCAUGCCAUCGAGGCCGUCAUCCGCCAACCGCCAGAUAGAUGGCUCUCGAACGCCAGGGUCACCCACUACCAGGCCAUGCUGCUCAACCCUGAACGGGUCCGGUAUGGAACUGCUGCCUCGAUCAACCCGGCCACCCUGCUUCCUGAGCCGGGGUCUGAAUCACAAGUCGACCACGACUGCCACCAAGUGUUAGCCGAAGUGCACGGGACCCGAGAGGACCUGACCAAUCUACCCCUGUCAAACGCAGUCACCUGGUAUACGGACAGGAGCAGCUUCUUGCACCAAGGUGAGAGAAAGGCAGGGGCGGCGGUGGUUGACGGGGAAACUGUCAUAUGGGCCUCUGCUCUGCCCCCAGGGACUUCGGCACAGAAGGCUGAACUUGUGGCCCUCACCCAAGCACUUCGUGCCGCUGAAAAUCGGAGAGUAAAUAUUUAUACAGACAGCCGUUAUGCCUUUGCCACUGCGCAUAUACAUGGAGAAAUAUAUCGGAGGAGAGGGUUGCUAACCUCAGGGGGCAAGGACAUUAAAAAUAAGCAGGAGAUCCUAGACCUCCUACAAGCCCUCCACCUUCCUAAGAAAGUGAGCAUCAUCCACUGCCCAGGUCAUCAGAAAGGAGAUGAUGCAGUGGCCAAGGGGAAUAGAAUGGCGGAUGAGGUAGCUAGAACAAGAGCCCUGGACAGCGUCACUCUGGUAACGCAGUCAUCUGAAACCUCAAAUAACCCUGGGUAG